UUUUCAUUUUUCAUUUUUUUCCUUUUUUUUUUUUUCUUCUUUUUUUUUCUUCUCUCUUAAAAAUACAAUGGUCUUUUCAUCGAAAAUCUCACGCAUAAAGUCUGUUCGUCUUGGAUUCAAAAGCAAGACAGAAACAACGUCAUCAUCACCACCACCGACAAGACGUGAAUAUAAUCCCUCUUCACCGGCAAGUAACAAAGUAGCCAGUUUUUCUGAAACGUUACUCGUUAUUUCCAAGGAGGCCAAAAACACAGAAUUCGAUGAUGUAUUCGAUAGCUUCUUCUUUAGUGACAAACGUUGUCAAAACCGUGCACUUUACAUGGCAGCCAGAUUAAAGGGAGGUUUGGACGGAAUCAUUAAUCCAAUUCGACCCAGUUCCAGUUACGGUACUUUAGUGGAAUUACAACAGCCAUUGGUAUUGGCCCCAUCUCAUUCAACACCACUAAAAUCAACACCAUCGUCAUCGGUAGAUGGAUUUUGGCGUAUGGUAGCUCAUAGAUUAUACACGUUAAAUUAUAUUUUAUUUGUUUUACCUUCAGACUCGAAAUCUCGUAUUGAAUUUUUAAAUAAAAUGGAAGCAAAUCUAUCCAGGAUUGGUGAUGGAAACGAAAUACAUAGAAGAGGUGGAAUGGAAGCACAUUUUGCUAUAAGAUAUGCGUUAGAUCAUAAGAGACCUAAACGACGCAAGACAUUGUUGGAGGAUGCUUUCGAACUGGAAAAGCGAAAUGGUGGAAAUGUUGCUGGCGCUGUACUACCGACCACCGGCCUGGAUGAGAUCAAUAAAACAAACUCGCUUGUGGAAAAAGCAAGAAUCAUCAUCGAACAGUGUUUAGAAAGUGAAUCAAAAUUAAGCAAUUCAGAAAAGGAUGCAAUGUAUAUAUUUCACAGUAUGAGAAACGGUUUACAUGGUGCAUUCGAACCUCAUAUUGAAUUAGAAGAAGACAGAAAUUUACGUCAUAGAUUAAAAAGAACAGUUGACCAAAAUAACCAAGUUUUAAAAAAUCCGUUUGAAGAUGAAGAUUGCAUCGUAACAGAAGAUGACAGUAAUAAGUCUUCAAGAGAAGUAGAUAGUGGUUUUUAUGAUGGCUGGGCCAUAUCAGCAUAGACAACGAAAUAAUUAUUUAAAUAAAAAAAUCAAACAGCCAUCGUUCCCCCAACCCACCCCUCUCUCUCCCCUUAAUUCUGUAUUCUUUCCUUUUUCACAAGUAUUCUUAUACUACGGGUCAAAUUAAUUACUCAAGAUAUUUAAUUUACUUGCCAACACCCCUUUCUUUCAUUAUUAUUAAGAAAACAAAAAAAAAAAACUCUCAAGUUACACCAUGUCUUUGCCUGUCGUCAUCGUUACAAUGUCAUCAUGCACGCUAAAAGGCGAGA